UCUUUUUUCGUUUCUCAUUCACCAUGGCUUCUUCAACGGGUGGUUCUGAACUUUUUGCUAGCUAUGAACAAGACUUUACUUCUAUUAAAGAGUCUAUUCAAAUCAAGAUAGACCAACAAAUUCCAAACCAGAAAGGAGAGGAAAGAAAGGCUGUUAUUCGUGCAGCAGAAAGAGAGAUUGACGAAGCAGACGAGAUUCUUGGCCAAAUGGAAAUGGAAAUACUUAAUAUUCCUACUCCUUCUCGUACUCGUUUACAAGCUAAGCUAAGACUCUACAAGUCUGACGCUGAAAAGUUGAAAAGAGACUUGAGAAGAAACACAUCUAUUUUAACUAAAAAUACAGACAGAGAAGAAUUAUUUGGUGGAUAUGGUACAGGCAGUAAUGAAGAUGUCAAUGAUUACGACGCUUCAACAAUGGAUCAACGUCAAAGACUCUUGAGUGGCACAGAAAGACUCGGACAAUCAAGUCGUCGUUUGGAAGAUAGUCACCGUCUGGCUUUAGAAACAGAAGGCAUUGGCAUCAACAUCCUAAGUACAUUAAAAGGACAACGUGAGACGAUUGUUAGAGCCAGAGAUACACUUGCUGAAGCUGAUUCUCAUAUUGACAAGGCCAGUAAGACAUUGAAAGGCAUGGCACGCCGUAUGGCUACCAACAAACUCAUUACGGCUGCUAUUAUUGUUAUUUUAAUUGUUCUUAUUGUGUUGGUUGUUUGGAGCAAGCUAUAAUAAUAAUAAAAACUACUCUUGAGCAUCUAC